AAGUGAAGGGCUGUUGACUUGUAUCAAUCAUUCUUAAGGAGCAGAGAACAGCAUUAAGAUUCUCUGCCGGAAGUCUGAGCGCUUCAUCCCUAUGGAGAAGGGAAGGUGCAACCCCAUAGAGACAAUGUGUACCUCUAGCUUAUUCUGACUAGAAGUGAAGGAAUCACUCAUAGAUGGUUUGGUCUUUUCUCAGAUUUACACAACAAGAAAAAGCCUUCACCUCUCUCAGCAGCCUCCAGUGAAAUCAGAUGGAUUACUCAUCCUGUAAGGCUCAUGUGUAUUAAUGCUUAGCCAAAAAUGACAGAAUUCGGUCCUAUAUAGAAUUUUUGACAUGCCAUGUGGAAAAUCCGCUCUUCUGAUUCUGACAGCCAUUAAUUUUGCAGUUUAGUCUUUAAUAUUGCAGCGUGCACAUUAAUAUCACUUUAUUCAUUAGGAGAAGGGCACAGCUGGAGCAGUCUGCAAGGGGCCAGCAUGUGACAUAUAGGAUACACAAAAACAUGGAACUAGAUUAGCUAAGUCAGGGAACAGGCAAACAGGCUGCUUUCUGGUUUAUUUUUGAGUCAGGCUGAGGGAUGAUGAGUAUUUGAAGAUAAUUCAUAAUGUCAGUGAAGUCACUUCUUGGUAGUGGUGGCAGUACAAGAAGGGCUAGUGGCCAUGUUCAUAACUUGGGAUGUCCAGACCAAAUAUUACAUCUUCCCUAGGGAGGUAAUGCAGCAGAACUGUAGGCUACCUAAGAACCUCUGAAAAUUCUGUUCUUGAAGGUUUUUAAGAUUUAGCGAGAUAAAUCCAUGGCUAACUUCAUCUGGUGACCAUUCCACUUUGAGCAAUAGGUGGGACGAGGCAUGGGCAGUUUGGACACUAAUGAAGAAGGUACCAAUCUUUUCCAUGUCUCCAGUCACUGCCAUUCUGCUCCGUCAGCCAUGUGUCUGCCCUGGCACCACUCCUGUGCUCACCCUAGUGCAAACCAGAGAGCAGGAUAGGAUCAGUGGGGAAGUGGUGGCUACUAAUACAUACUUGGUUCUUCAUACAGAAAUGCUCUUCUCUCAGGCCACAAUGCCUUUAGUUAUCUUCAGCGCCUAUCAGAUAGCAUAUCAAAAAAUGAUUAUCAAGAGUUUUAGAUGAAGAGUUCAAAACAGUGGAUUGACAAUCAUGAACUUUGAGUAGCUUCUGAGAUCUGCCCUCAGAGGAGCUGGGAGAUCCCUGCUGUCACUGGAGCUACCAGCAGGAUUUCAAUAGCUGGAAAGGGAGUGGGAUGGACAGAGCAAAUGAAAGGACAUCUUAAUAAACAAGCUCAGUGCAGCUGCUCCUUCUGUAGAUGUAAUCCUCCAGCAUGGGAUAGAGAGUUCCUUACACAAUUAGCUUUAGUGAAAGUAGCUAUUGAAAGAGACAACACAGAUUGUAUCACUGUGUAAAUUAUUGAGUUGAUGUUCUGGAGAUAACAGUGAAAGACCUUCUUUCUUCUGUCCUGAGGUUGGCAGCUCUGAAAGACUAUACGAGCUGCUUGAAAGUUGCACCUCCUGUAGACUCUGCUUAAAUAAUUAAUUGCAAUAUUCAUAAGCUAGAGGAUGUUUAAUACAUAGAAAAACAAGAGGAUUGUAUACAUAUCUGUUGACUUCGCUAUGUUUCUUUCUGCCUGUGGGUGAAGAUGUUGAAUAAAUAACAACAACAAAAAGGUGUUUUACUAUUUGUUUGAGUAAUAUUUCUGAACAGUAGUUGUUGUCAUUAUUGAAUCACAGCCCUUCAUGUCUGUAGAUGCAUAAGUAACAGUCUCUCUUGAUAUAUUUUUUUCUUAGCAUCUGCAAUGGCACAUGCGUGCACAACUGCAAUGCAGCUGAUACCACAAGUGUCCCUCAUCACAUACAGAAGGGGAAUGGAGGGCACUCUUCCUCAGAACUCAUCUGGUUUCAGGGGCUGGUAGAUUCUUCUUGUCAUCAGUCAACAUCCAGGCUUCCAUUAGGACCUGUCCUCAAAUUGAUGUGUUUCCUCCUCCUAGCCCAGUGAGAAUCACAAUCACAGUGAUAAGAAGUGAAGCACUACUGUGUGCAUCCACAGAGACCUCUAUCCAAACGAGCCUGCCUACUGCUUCAGAAGCAACACUUCAUGUGCAGUCACCUCCCAUACUGCUGGAUUCAGCAUUUUGUGUGGCAUCCUUUCUCCCAGACCAUGUCCUUACCCAUCAGACAAGUCCUUGCUCAAGACCCCUCCCACUGUGGAGGCUUCUUGCAGCAGCACAGAUGAGAGAGGCAUCAUGUCUGGGGAAGAGGAGACAGAGGUGUGGGCUGAGAUCUGCUGGGCACUUAAAAUUAUGAGUGGCUGGAAGCUUUCAGAAACAACAGCGUAGCCCACCUACUUCUCUGUCCUCCAGGCUGGGAUAAAAGAAAGAAGUAGCCACAGCUAUGUUUCCUGUUGCUGUUUUUCCAUGCAAUUUUGUUUGAUGAAUAUGCAUAUGCAACAGCUGGAAAACUUUCUGGAGAGAAACCAAACUCAAGCAAGAAGCUUUCUGUUCCAUUUGACUAUCAUGAAAACUGUGGCCAUUUUGGAUUUCUAGUGAUAAGAAGGCCUACUGUGAUGAAGCUGCUCCUUCUUGCAUUCCCUGCAGCAAGGCCAGGAUGUCUCCAGGGUAGGAGCAGGCUCUCCUGCUCCUGCCAUGUCCACUCCGCUGGAGGAUGCCAUGAACACCUUCAUCAGGAUUUUUCAUCACUACUCUGGCAAAGAAGGUGACAGAUACAAACUGAGCAAAAGAGAGCUCAAGGAACUCCUCACCAGGGAGCUCACUGACUUCCUUUCUGGCCAAAACGAUCCUCAUCUUUUUGAUAAGAUUAUGAACGAUCUGGAUUCCAAUAAAGACAAUGAAGUGGAUUUUAAUGAAUUUAUGACUCUGGUUGCAACUCUGACUGUGGCUUGUAACGAUUUCUUUGAAGAACAGCUUCAAGAAGAAGGAUUUUAAUGAUGCUGGAUAAAAUCAGUCUUCUGGUCACAAAUGCAAUGAACCAUGACUAGUUAGGUAAUGGUCAUCAGCAUUUUGUGAACACAAACCAUCAUCACUCCAAUUACUACUGCUGCAAAACUCUUGUGGACCAGAUUAGCAGCUGGUGUAAGCUGGACCAAAGGCAGCUUACACUACCUGAAGUCUGGCUGUUAGUAUUUUCAGCCUUUGCACUGCUGUAAUACACCUUCGUCAGUUCCCCAUUCCAGCUCUGGGGUGGCAGAUUGUUUGGCAGGAGUUAAGAUUUCUAUUUCAUAACUGUCGGUGGGAUAUAAAAGGAACAUUAAUGUUACUUACAUAGCUUCUGAACUGGAAAAUCUGAAUGAAUUGUAAAACUUGCAAUUGAGUUUUCAGUCAUUCUGUAACAGGCAUCUUUCUCCAGGUCACGAAAUUUGUUUGUUUCUUAACCACUUCUACUCAUUCUAACCCAAUCAUUGGACACUGCUCUGUACUCCCUGCUCUCCUGUAUUUCAGACAUGGCCACCCAAGCAGGGUGGCACAGUGUGCCAUGGUUAUGGGUUUGUUUUCCCCACCUCCCCAGCUUCCAUUCCACUGUGUGCGCAUUACUGCACCUCAGCAGUCCAGCUCUUCAUUCAGCACAAAUUAAUUUAUUCAUAUGAUAAAUUAUUCAAAUGUAUAGGGGAUUUAGUCAGUGAGCUGCUCUAAAUGUUGAUGGAAGAGCCAGGUCUUCAGGGGAAAGGUAAAUGCCUUCACUAUUCUAGCACCCAUAAGAGAAGGGUUUUGGAGGACCACUUGUAAAGGAUGUCAUGAUGAGAUCCCAGGGUACAACUUCAUCAUGUGAGUCAUCUGAUGGAACAAUGAUUUCAUCCCAUGCAGAUCCAAAUCCCUGCAUAAAUGUGGCACGGAAGGAGGCAGUGGGACCCUCUGGCCAGGCAUGGAGAGAGAAGGACAAUACAUUUCAAUGCUAAUCUAUGCAUGGACUAAAAUACAUCUAUGUCUAAACUUCUGCUUAAACAUGCUUACAAAUGUCUGCAGUCCUCAGUGGCAAGUUGUCAUGCUUUUGCUUUGCAUGGAGAGCUUUCUUUGUUCUUGUUUUGUUAUUAGUUCAAACUGUAAUAAAAGGUGUUUGAGUUAAGUCAGGAUGUUCUGUUUGUGUAAGUGGUAAAAUAAGAACAACUGUCAGUGAAGAUGUGCUCUACUAGGU